ACUAUUGAAGCUCUUUUGAAUGUUUCUUAGCAUAAGGUUCUAAAUUCCGCUGUAAUGCGCUCAGUCCUAUCGCGCCGCCUUCCUGCCAAAAAAAGCAUGAAAAAAAAGGCGAUGCUGCAAAUAAAUCCAGGUCAAGAAAAAUAGCAGACAACUCAUUCUUUUUCGUUUAAUUCGUUUACAGAAAAUUGAAUAAUAAAUGAACAGACUCUUUGGAUCAACUAAGAAAACGCCUAAACCAACACUUAACGAUGCAAUAACUAACACAGAUGUGCGAGUGGACGCUGUUGAGGUCAAAGUAAAAAAAUUAGAAGCUGAGUUGACGAGAUAUAGAGAUCAACUCAAGAAAAUGAGGGAAGGUCCAGCAAAGAAAGCAGUGCAGCAAAAAGCAUUGAGAGUACUGAAACAAAAGAAAUUGUAUGAAGCACAGAGAGAUAACUUACAGCAACAAUCAUUCAAUAUGGAGCAAGCUCAGAUGACAACGGAAAACUUACGUAAUGUAAUGGCCACAAUGGAUGCUAUGCAAACUGCCAAUAAGGAGAUGAAACGACAAUAUAAGAAUGUUAAUUUGGAUAAAAUUGAUCAACUCCAAGAUGAAAUGGAAGAUUUAAUGGAACGUGCCAACGAAGUACAGGACACGUUAGCAAGAUCUUACAAUUUACCCGAUGAUAUAGACGAAGAUGAUCUUGAAGCUGAACUGGAUGCUUUAGGGGAUGAGUUGGAAUUUGAAGAAGAGGAGAUUCCCUCUUAUCUGCAAGAAGCGAACGAGAUUGAACUUCCUAAAGCUGCAGAAACAGAUUUGAAAUCGGACGUCGCUUUAGACGAGUUUGGUUUACCCGUCGGUACGGAAACACCCAUGAAGGCACAAUAAGUUCCCUCUUGAAAGAGAUCAUUCGUAGUCUAUAAUUUUUUUCUCGCAUCUUUGUGAGAGCAUUAUUUAUCCAUAAAUAUUGCAAUUUUUAUACCAACAGUAGAUUUCCACUGUCUGUAAGCCAACCAUAUACGGUUAUUUGGUAUGCUGUAUCAUCAGUCUGAAAUUAAUUUGAAAUCAGAAAAUCACCUUGAGGCGUUAAACAAUUCUCACUUUUACAAUAAAAUUCAACUGCCGAACAUGCGCUUUUUAGCUCUUCUU